ACAAUAUUAUAAUACAAUAACUGAUUAACUGUUUAUAAAAUUUUUAUCAAAAAAUAAAUAAUUAAUUUUUCAUAAAUUAUGGAUCAACAUAAUGAUAACGGUAAUGAUGACAACAAUGAUGAUAAUGAUGACCGACCAAAACGGUUGUGUAAGGGACAGCCAAAAGUCGACCAAUUUAUGGGUCAGCUAACCCAGGAUAAUUUAGUUGGCACCGGUACCUAUGGUGUUGUCUAUAAAGUCCAGUGCCCCAAAACAUCCGAGUACUAUGCAUUGAAAGUGGCAACACUACUAGAUGGAGAUGAUAGUAGUGUUUGGGACAAUGAGAUCAAGUAUCUGAAAAAAGCCAGUUCCCGAUAUGUGGCCAACUAUUAUGAUCAUCAAGUAAUCGAUGGCCAGUUGUUUAUAGUAAUGGACUAUUCGGCCGGUAGUUUUCGUAAACUAUUGGCGGCCAAACCCGGUAUAUGUAGGCGCCAGACAGGUGAUCCUGUUAGUAAACCCGAGUUUUAUCUGACUGGUAUGCUAUUCAAUAUGGCACUGGAAGCCGUUGAGCAUAUACACGGGUUAGACCCGCAAAUCAUUCACCGCGAUAUCCGACCCGAUAACAUGUUGAUUGAGUUCAAUGGUUUCGAUAAUAGUUAUGUUAAACUAAUUGAUUUCGGUAUAGCCACCCAUCACUAUCGUUCAGGCGAUAAUUGGAAACAUACUACCGAUCAGGGAUGUGGACACUAUACGGCUCCCGAAGUAGUCAAUGGUCUGCCAUAUGAUCAUCGAUCAGAUAUCUACAGUUUGUCCAUUGUCGGUGCGGAACUGUUUGGUAUCGAUUUGGAUGUAUUGAUAGCUAAAGAUGCCACUAGACUUAGGCCGGGUGUCUAUUGUCGGGAACGAUUGGAAAAGCUAUUCUAUUGGUUGUGUCGUAUGAAUAGCCCGAAUCCGGCUGACCGACCCGAGUGUACCGAAGUGCUGAUCGAUUACGGCAACUGGAACUUCUCGAUGGUCGACAUAAUGAUCACAUGGAUGGCCAACUAUAAUCAUAUUUACCAGAAAUUGGUACCACCAUUAAAAGAGGGUCAAUCAAAUGAGGAGAACAUAUUGGUUAGAUCGGGACUCGACCGACACGCCAGUCUCCAGCAGGUCAUCGAUAUGUUGGCCGAAGAAAAAUGGUCUAAACUGUUGGACGCGUUUUUAGCGACACUAUCGCUGUUUGUCUUAUGGGAUACCUGUCUGGGCCAGUAUAGUAGUACAUACCGGCACCGGGAUGAUGAUGACAAAAAACCGUACGAGUUUAACGACGCCGAAAUGACGGCCAUCCAGGCUAUCGUAGCCUUUCGGGAAGUAAUCGGUGAACUGCUACAAAAAGUUGGCUUCAAUUUGCCGAGUCUGGCCUCGAUUAUUACCCGAUCGGAUAUGAAUCACGUGAAAGCACCGGUACGAGUACAGGCGGCCGCCCAGACACUCGAAGCGGCCGACAGUGUAGUCAAAUCGACGGGCAUAGCCGGCGCACUGUUACGCGGUAUGGCCAUAUCGCUACCGUUGCUAAUACCGAUGGCCACACAAAUCCGCCGGAUGUCCAACGAACCGACUGUACCGCCGUAUAUACCGGCCAUACCGUUCAUACCCGACCCGUACUACAAUCGGGCACUGCAUCGACGCCGUGGUCGCCGAUCGGUGAUGGGGGUCAGCAGGUCGUCGUUGUUGUCGACCCCCUCCUAUACGGAUACCGAUGCCUAUAGAUUAAGACAGUUGGAGGCAAUCAUCAGCAAAAUCGAGUCACUUCACAGACAAUACAAUAGUAAAUAA